GGGCCACGAUGGGUAAAAAAGACAAGAAACAGGAGUUACAUGACCUCAAGCAGGAGGUCAAAAUGGACGAGCAUAUCGUUCCGAUUGAGGAGCUUGUUGCCAGACUCGGAACCAAUCUCGAAACGGGAUUGACCCGCCAGAAGGCUCAAGAAGUUCUCGCCAAGAACGGACCAAAUGCUUUGUCACCCCCUGAAACUACCCCAGAAUGGAUCAAGUUCUGUAAGAACUUGUUCGGAGGAUUUGCCAUGCUUCUUUGGGUUGGAGCUAUCCUUUGUUACAUCGCCUACUCUGUGGAUUAUUUCACCAUGGAGUACCCAUCUAAGGAUAACUUGUACCUCGGAAUUGUACUUAUGACUGUCGUCGUCAUCACCGGAGUUUUCCAAUACUAUCAGGAAAGCAAGUCGUCGAAGAUUAUGGAUUCCUUUAAGAACAUGGUUCCAACCUUUGCUCUUGUUCACCGUGAUGGCCAAAAGCAACAAGUGAAGACUGAAGAACUUGUCGUCGGAGACAUUGUUGAAGUCAAAGGAGGAGAUCGUGUUCCAGCUGAUCUUCGUGUUGUCUCUGCUUUCGGAUUCAAGGUUGACAACUCUUCUCUCACCGGAGAGUCUGAGCCACAAUCCCGUUCCCCAGACUGCACCAACGAAAAUCCACUCGAGACCCGUAACAUCGCUUUCUUCUCUACCAACGCUGUUGAAGGAACCGCUAAAGGAAUCGUCAUUUACACUGGAGAUAACACCGUCAUGGGAAGAAUUGCCCAUUUGGCUUCAGGACUUGACACCGGAAUGACCCCAAUUGCUCGUGAAAUUGAGCAUUUCAUCCAUCUUAUUACUGGAGUCGCCGUCUUCCUUGGAAUCUCCUUCUUCAUCAUCGCCUUCAUCCUCGGAUACCAUUGGCUUACCGCUGUUGUUUUCCUCAUCGGUAUCAUCGUCGCCAACGUCCCAGAAGGAUUGAUCGCUACCGUCACUGUGUGCCUUACUCUUACCGCCAAGAGAAUGGCUAGCAAGAACUGCCUUGUCAAGAAUCUUGAAGCUGUCGAGACCCUUGGAUCUACAUCUACCAUUUGCUCUGAUAAGACAGGAACUCUCACCCAAAACAGAAUGACUGUCGCUCACAUGUGGUACGAUGAAACCAUCCAUGAGUGUGAUACCACCGAAACUCAAACCAGCCAGGAAAAGAGAACUGGAGCCAGCUUCGAAGCUCUCGUCCGUAUUGCUUCUCUCUGUAACCGUGCCGAGUUCAAGGCUGGACAACAAGACACUCCAAUUCUUCGUCGUGACUGCACAGGAGAUGCUUCUGAGAUUGCUCUUCUUAAGUUCACUGAGCUUACUCAAGGAAAUGUCAUCGCUGUCCGUGAAAAGAACAAGAAGAUUGCUGAAAUUCCAUUCAACUCCACCAACAAAUACCAAGUUUCGAUUCACGACAAUGGAGAUCAUUACUUGCUUGUUAUGAAGGGUGCUCCAGAAAGAAUUUUGGAUGUUUGCUCGACCAUCUUCUUGAACGGAAAAGAAUCUGAACUUACUGACAAACUUCGCGAAGAUUUCAACACUGCCUAUCUUGAGUUGGGAGGAAUGGGAGAACGUGUUCUCGGAUUCUGUGACUUCGUACUUCCAGCCGACAAGUUCCCGAAAGGAUUCAAAUUCGAUGUUGAAGAGGUUAACUUCCCAUUGAAAAAUUUGAGAUUCGUCGGACUCAUGUCUAUGAUCGAUCCACCACGUGCUGCUGUCCCAGAUGCCGUCGCCAAGUGCCGUUCCGCAGGAAUCAAAGUCGUCAUGGUCACCGGAGAUCACCCAAUCACAGCCAAGGCCAUUGCCAAGUCUGUCGGAAUCAUCUCUGAUGGAACUGAAACCGUUGAAGAUAUUGCUAUCCGUCGUGGAAUUCCAGUCGAAGAAGUCAACCCACGUGAAGCCAAGGCCGCUGUUAUUCACGGAUCCGAUCUCCGUGAGAUGAGCGAGGAUCAGCUUGCCGAGAUCAUCAAGUACCACUCUGAAAUCGUAUUCGCUCGUACUUCACCGCAGCAAAAGCUGAUGAUCGUCGAAGGAUUCCAGAAGCAAGGUCAAAUCGUCGCUGUAACCGGAGACGGAGUCAACGAUUCUCCAGCUUUAAAGAAGGCCGACAUCGGAGUUGCUAUGGGUAUUGCUGGAUCUGAUGUGUCAAAACAAGCUGCUGACAUGAUCUUGCUUGAUGAUAACUUCGCUUCCAUCGUCGUUGGUGUUGAAGAAGGACGUCUUAUUUUCGAUAACUUGAAGAAAUCCAUCGCCUACACACUCACCUCAAAUAUUCCAGAAAUCUCUCCAUUCUUGACCUACAUCCUGUUCGGAAUCCCACUUCCACUCGGAACCGUUACCAUCCUUUGUAUCGAUCUCGGAACUGACAUGGUGCCAGCUAUCUCCCUUGCCUACGAAGAAGCCGAAUCCGACAUCAUGAAGCGUCAGCCACGUGACCCAAUCCGUGACAAGCUUGUAAACGAACGUUUGAUCUCCCUUGCUUAUGGGCAAAUUGGUAUGAUUCAAGCUUCUGCUGGAUUCUUCACCUAUUUCUGGAUCAUGGCUGAUAACGGAUUCAUGCCAUGGGAUCUCUACCAGCUCCGUGCUCAAUGGGAUUCUCGUGCCUACAACAACGUUCUCGAUUCCUACGGACAAGAAUGGACCUAUGCCAACAGAAAGAUCCUCGAAUACACCUGCCAAACCGCCUACUUCGUGUCCAUUGUUGUUGUACAAUGGGCUGAUUUGAUCAUCUCCAAGACCAGACGUAACUCCCUUGUCCAACAGGGAAUGUCCAACUGGACCCUCAACUUUGGACUUGUCUUCGAAACCGCCCUUGCCUGGUUCAUGUGCUAUUGCCCAGGACUUGACAAUGGACUUCGUAUGUACGGACUCAGAUUCUCCUGGUGGUUCUGUGCCCUUCCAUUCUCAAUCCUCAUCUUCGUCUACGACGAGAUCCGUCGUUUCUUGAUUCGCAGAUAUCCAGGAGGAUGGGUCGAGCGUGAGACCUACUACUAAAGAACAGCUUGUGAAUCUUUGUAGAAUUUUCUAUUUUUUAUCUUAGUUUUUUAUUGUUUCCCAUCUCAUUCCGAUCUAAUAAUUUCUUUCAUUUAGUGAUGCUACUUUCUGUCGUCGUUUUGUGAACUUUGUAUUGCAUUCUCGAAAAUUCAAGUCGACAGAAAGUCCCGUCCUAUACCAUUUUUUUUCUCGUUUUUCGUAUGUCAAGUAGAACUAAUAAAUCAUGCUCGAG